AUGGCGUUCACGUGGGUUGUCCAUGGGAGUAUUGCUCAUUUCGAAGAAGGUAAGAAAGAAUUUGCUAAGAUAGAAGUGCUUAGUUUACUGCACAGUUUUGGAAGUCGUUUCAGAGAGACCGAUGGUCAAGAAGAGCGCACAAUUCAGACCUUAGAGGACAUGUUGAGAGCUUUUGGUUUGGAUUUCAAAGCUUAUGAGUUGGAGCUACCAUCCGAAUUAGCAGCAGUCCAUCCAGUGUUACAUAUUUCUAUGCUAAAGAAGUGCAUGGGUGAUCCUGCGCUUAUUGUGCCUACUGAGAGUAUUGGAGUAAAGGACACUCUGUCCUAUGAGGAGAUUCCAGUUCAGAUCCUUGAUCUUCAGGUUUGCAAGUUGAGAACUAAAGAGGUUGCAUCAGCCAAAGUCUUGUGGAGGAACCAAUUUGUUGAAGAAGCUACUUCGAAAGCCGAAGAGGAUAUGUAG